AUACUGCUCAAGUGUGAAGAAAGAUUGUGAGCACUUGAAAAUAGAAUAAAUGUAUGUUUAUCAGACAGCCUCUUCACAUUGACCCUGAUCGAGCGGUGCAAUUGGUUUUGAUUUAAUUUUUGUUCCUGGCUAUCACCAGUACGGUUUCGUUAGUCGACCGGCAAGCAAGUGAUACUAUAUAGGAAACGAACUGAAUUAAAAAAUAAAAUAUGUGGUGUGCUUUGGCUGGCUGUCUAGCUGGUUUGCUAGGAGUGGUGUAUCUGUUUCUAGUUUGGGAAUUUAAGCGAUGGAGAAAAGUCGGCAUAAAUGGACCCAAACCGAAGGUUCUUUACGGAAAUGUUCCCAGCAUGAUAACACAAAAGAAACACGUUUAUUACGAUUUGGAGAAAAUUUAUAACGACUUCAAGACUGAGCCGGUAGUUGGUUUCUACAGCAUACGUACUCCACAGCUGAUGGUCCGCGAUCCAGAACUGAUCAAGGAGGUCUUCUCGAAAAACUUCCAUCAUUUUGCUUCCAAUCAGUUUUCCGACCUGGUGGAUGAAAAGUCGGAUCCACUCUUCGCUCGUAACCCAUUCAGUUUAUCAGGAGAGAAAUGGAAAAAUCGUCGAGCAGAAAUUACUCCAGCUUUCACAAAUAAUCGAAUAAAAGCACUUUAUACAUUAAUGGACGAAGUGAGCGUUCGAAUGACUGAAUAUGUUAAUAAACAAAUAAAACAAGAUGGAUCAGCAUUCGAUGUUAAAGAGCUAAUGGCCAAAUAUACGACUGACGUCGUAUCCAAUUGCAUAUUUGCAAUUGAUGCACAAUCAUUCACAAAGGAUAAACCUGAAAUCCGGGAAAUGGGACGCCGCAUUAUGGAUUUCAAUAUCGUCGCACAAAUCGCAACGGCCGCUAUCACAUUUUUCCCUUCAAUCAAAAAAUUCUACAAAUUUUCCUUUGUUCCCAAAGAUGUUGAGGCAUUUUUCAUUCGCAUAAUGAGUGACGCCAUUCGAUAUCGUAAACAAAGUGGAAUUGUUCGCAAUGACUAUCUAGAUCAUCUGUUGACGCUGGAGGAGAAGAAACAAAUUUCCGAGCUUGACAUAGCCGGUCACGGUGUUUCAUUCUUCGCUGAUGGAUUUGAGACGUCCAGCUUGAUUAUGACGUACUGUCUGUUCGACAUAGCAUCACACCCGGAGGUUCAGAAACAGUUGAGGGAAGAAAUUCGUCACGUCCAAUCAUGUAAGGGAGGUGUGACAUACGACAAUCUUGGAGAGAUGACCUAUCUCGAUCAGGUACUGAACGAAUCGCUUCGGCUGCACCCAAUUAUACCAAUUCUAGCUAAGCAAUGUACGAAAGAUAUCGUGCUAGUGGGACCAAAGGAUAAGAAAAUUCCUGUAACAGCAGGAACAACUGUUACUAUUCCGUAUUUUGUUCAUCUGGAUUCGCAGCACUACGAGGAACCGGAAAAAUUCAAACCGGAGCGAUUCUCGCCGGAAACAGGAGGCAUCAAGCCGUACAGGGAAAAAGGAGUGUUUUUCCCAUUCGGAGAAGGGCCAAGGAUGUGUCUUGGAAUGCGCUUCGGACUGACACAAGCAAAACGGGGUAUCGUAGAGAUUAUAGACAAAUUUGAAAUUACGGUGAACCCCAGAACGAAAGUUCCGUUCCAAUACGAACCAAAAUUGUUCAUGCUUUAUGCGGUUGGUGGAAUUUGGUUGGACCUAAAGGCUAUAGGUUGAUUACUGUAAAGAAUGAAUUCUUCCCAAAAUGCACUGACUUUUUCAAAACCUAAUAAAAUUAUCCAAACUCUU